AAGAGUCGUGGAAACCCUCAUCGAAAUUUCUUGACAUCUAAAUCUUCCUAAUCAGUUUUGUGGUAGAUCUAGCUUAGGGUUUGUGUCUGUGAAUAUUUGAGUCAUCGGUGAAGAUUUCUUAACGAUCUAGCGGCUGCUUUGUUUGGUAAUACUAGUAAUGAGUCGUCCACAGGCCCCACACCGUCCUUUCUUCCAUUUUGGAAACCCUUUCCGGAUGAUUUCGCCAAAGGGUUCUCAAAUGACUCCAAACCUUUGUGCAUUGCUGAACACUUUUGAGGAAACAUUGGCCGGAAGGUUGAGAAAGCUCAACCCAAAAGAUAAGAAUGAUGUUCUUAGCUUGUCAUGGAUGAAUUUAGCUAUGGAGUCGCUUUGUGGAACUCAUAAUGACAUAAAAACUCUUAUAGCUGAGAUGGAUCUUCCUGUGAGUGCCUGGGAUGAGAAGUGGAUUGACGUGUACUUGGACAUCAGUGUAAAGUUGCUUGAUAUAUGCAUUGUCUUCAGCUCUGAGAUCUCGCGCUUAAACCAGGGACAUCUUUUCCUUCAGUUUGUGUUGCAUAAUUUGAAAUCAGCCUCUUCACAGCAAUUUAUUCGUGCCCGUUCUUCAGUUGAUGACUGGAAGAAUCAUAUUGCUUCAAAGAACCCCAGGGUUGAGAACUGUAGCACCAUUUUGGACAAGCUCAAGGAAUCACUGGAUCUACCAAAGGUUAAGAACUCUGCCAAAGGGAAAAUUUUAAUGCGUGCUAUGUAUGGAGUGAAGGUGUUGACAGUAUCUGUUUGUAGUGUCUUUUCUGCAGCGUUUUCUGGUUCUGCAAGCAAGUUGGUAGAUAUGAAUGUCUCUGAGACAUAUUUGUGGGCACAAGCAUUUAAUGACUUACAGAGUAAUGUAAAUGGGGAAAUCAGAAAUGUAUAUUCUAGUGGUAGAGUUACAGUACUGAAAGAGCUGGAAGCAGUUGAUGGUAUUGUGAAGCACUUGUAUCCUAUGAUCCAAGAUGGUGUGGCCCUCGCAGAUGAAGAAGUGUUCAAGAAUUCUAUUUCAGAUUUAGAAAGAAAGGCACAGAGUCUUUCUCAAGGACUUGAUCUUCUGACCAAGGAAGUGGAUGGGUUUUUCCAAAUCCUCUUGACUGGACGCGAUGCCUUGCUUUCUAAGCUGAGAUCAGGUGGAUCAGUCUCUGACCGGAUGCUGAUGGGGAACGUAGAAGGGCAGGUUGUGAGGUGAAUAGCAAAGCUAAUCUCUAACCUUUAUAACGACGGUAUUAGGUAUGGGGCUUUAUGUUUUCUUGUUUUUGUAAGUAUACCGUCUUGUACGGUUAAGUGUAAUCAGUUUGUUGCUAGGUACAAGUUAUGUUGUAUUACUAUGUUAGUGGUUUGUAAAAGUAUGUUGCACUGUGUGUUGACGUUUAUAUAUGAUAUAUGGUUUGGCUUGAAAUUGUGAGGCUUCUCUGCUUUUUUAUUUUGCUUCCAUUGGUUUUAAAUUGAGGAUGCUUCAUUAUUGGUGAACUGA